AAAGAAAUUAAGUUUUUCCCUUGUAGAUUAGAUAGAUAAGUAAACCUCGUUUAGAAAGGAUUGGCUUAAACGGAUAAAAUAGGAGUAGAUGAAAGAAACGUAAGAAGUAAGAUGGGAUCCCUAUUUUAAACUCUGGAUUACUACACUUGUCUUGUUUUCUCUUUCUCAAAGGCAACCGAAGAUGAGUCUAGAUCAUAUUCGUCAUAGCGUCGGCAUUCUCGGCAAAAUCUCAUCUGUUUUUCUCUUCGCUUCGCCAAUGCCAACAUUUAAACGAAUCAUCAAAAACAAAUCGGUAGAGGAGUUCCACCCGUACCCAUACCUAGCAGCUGUAAUGAACUGUAUGGUGUGGAUUUACUACGGCAUGCUUUUUGUUCAUCCAUACAGCAUUCUUGUUGUCAUCAUCAACAGCGUUGGUCUCUUCUUCCACUUGUCUUAUCUUUCUAUAUUUUUCUGCUACACCGUCAAAAGAUAUCGGCUAGAGAUAGUUGUCAUAUUGUUAGCGGAAAUAGUGGGCGUGGCCGCCAUCAUAGCUGGAACCAUGCUAGGCUUGCACACCUACGCAAGUAGAUCCAUGGUCGUGAAAAUUCUCGCUACCUUCUUUGGAAUUCUUAUGUAUGCAUCCCCUCUAUCAAUCAUGCUCAAGGUAAUCAAAACAAAGAGCGCUGAAUUCUUGCCAAGGCUGCUUUGCAUAGCAGGCUUCCUUAAUGGAAUCUGCUGGCUCAUCUAUGCUCUCUACAAGUUUGACCCCUACAUCUUGGUUGGAAACGGAGUUGGAACACUAUUAGCUUAUGUUCAGCUGGUAUUGCUCCAUAUUUACCAGAAGCCAUCUAUCGUGGACCGCUCGCACUUGCAGGGGCGGAGCCAGUAAGGGGGGGCCGAAUCCCCUUCGGUGAAAAAUUACACUGUGUAUCUAAGUUUAAAAUUAUUUUUUAUGUAUAUAUAGUAGACUAGUUUCUCACCACGUGCGUUGCACGUGCAUGCCGAGUCAUGUAAUGCAUGAUUUUGUGAAAUAAUAGCUUUAUUAAUAAAAAUCUGAAUAAAUAACUA